UGAACCAUUGAGAAAAGAGUGGAGAAUGUUUGGUGCCAUCCUAGGGGAUCCUCGUAUUUUUCAAUUUUUCAUAUUCCAAGAAACAAUGCUGCUCGUGUCGGCGCUGAUUGGCAGCGUUCUUCUCGCAGCUUUGCCAUUCCCAGUCGCAAGCGAUAUUGUCUGUGACGUACCGAAAAGCUUCACCGUGGAUCUGUCGUACGACGCGAAAGCGACCAUUUCGAAAAUCCAUUUAUGCUUAAAGACGGAAACAAAUGGGGUGAACUUCGACACCACUCCGGGAUUGAAUUCCAUCCAGAUUCGAGGCGAUGAAGUACAAGUGGCGUUUAAAGGGGAGUUGGAAAUGCACUACUGGCGUAAUAAUGUUUCGACGGGACCGAACGAAUUUUCGGAGCUUUUUUAUGAAAGAUUGAUUGGUGGAGCGGACGGAUCAAUUUUGACACCCGAAGGAGCGGAGACCGCCUGGUGUGCCAUCGAUUUAUUGUCCCCUAAUCGUAGAAGGUCAAUGGUUCAUCCAUUCAUCGCGAACGAAAUAAUACUUUUGGCCAAGUCUUGCGCACAGGACGCACUGUGUUCGAUGAUUCGUUCAAAAUAUUUGAAAAGCGAGACGAAAACUUCGGGGAACGAGACGAGGAAGCAUAAAUCGCCCAAUCAAAACAGCACUCAGGAAGAAUGCGCUUCCUUGGAGCUUCAGAAAACACUCAACAUGAUGAUGGACAUGGGUCUUGCUCGAGUAAUCGAGAAAGUUAAAGAAACCAGUGGCACAGGAGGUAUUGACUUGCCAGAAAUGGCUCAAUCCUUCACCCUUGGUAGCGGUUACUUCAAAACUACAGGCCACAUAAGUCUGCGGAAUGGCACUUUCAGAGAUAUUACGACUUUAAAAAGAAGGUCCGACGCGGUAGUUUCUCACAAAGGAUGGAAACUGACCGCCGCCUGCGAGGUUGGCCUCGAUAGAGUUGAAAUCGAGUACAAACAUUUUGAGGUGCAAUACGGAUUACGAGCGAAGGGCAGCGUUACUGGAUUCGUGGGCGGUGUUGCACUGGCGAUCCAAGUGUCCGCUAAUUACGAUCAGAAGCCAUGUGUCGCGACGCUAGACCACAUCAAAGUAACUCGAUUUGGAGAUAUUCACAUUAACAUAACAGGUCUCGGACGUUCGCUUGAGUGGCUCGCUUCCACCUUCUCGAACUGGAUCACAUCGAGAUGGCACAAAAACAUUAAAGUUGCACUUGAGACCAAAAUCCAUGCACUCGUACAAUCAAAGUUAUCGAGUUUUAACUGCGAGAAAUUCAGAGCCUGGAAUUAG